AUGGACUUUUCUACCGCACCUAUCGCUGAUUUAGAGGUGGAUGAUUUAUCCGUGGGUGACGAAAAUUGGUCAAAUCAUGUAGAAGAUGCCAUCAACUGCGUCCUUAAGCGGUCUAUGUCUGACCCUUUUGACAUUGCUGUUGGACUCAAUUUGGAAGUUUCUUUGGAACGCCUUAUCUGGACGUUUGAUAAUGAUAUUUCGGCGAACCUUACCAGUACGGACGCAAACAAUAAAGUUGAAAAGGAGCAAGAUGCACAGACUAAGCGGUCGAACGUCGAUGCUAUCAAGUAA